CUUAGAUACCAGGCUGCAAGGCUCUUUCCCUUCCGGUUUCUGCGCCCUUUCUCUGCGCGCUGGUUUCGACCUGGGCUGUGUAGUGUGGAGAAGGGGCGGGAUCCUUCCUCCCUUCUGCUCCUACUGGGGCGAGUCCACUUCGUGCCUGGCUGGAUUUCAGGGGUCCGAAGUGUCAGCUGUAGGCCUGGUGAAGCUUGGUGGCCCCAUGGCCCCGCUCGGAGCUUCCCCGCGUCUGGUGUUGCUGUUUAGCGGGAAGAGAAAAUCCGGGAAGGACUUCGUGACCGAGAGGCUGCAGAGCAGACUUGGAGGUAACAUCUGUGCUGUCCUGCGGCUCUCUGGUCCACUCAAGGAGCAGUACGCUCGGGAGCAUGGCUUGGACUUCCAGAAACUUCUGGACGCAAGCACUUACAAGGAGACCUAUCGGAGGGACAUGAUCUGUUGGGGGGAGGAGAAGCGCCAGGCUGACCCAGGCUUCUUCUGCCGGAAGAUUGUGGAAGGCGUGUCCCAGCCUAUCUGGCUCGUGAGUGACACACGGAGGGUGUCUGACAUCCAGUGGUUUCAGGAGGCCUACGGGGCUUUGACACAGACUGUCCGAGUAGUAGCCUCGGAGCAGAGUCGACAGCAACGGGGCUGGGUAUUCACACCAGGGGUAGACGAUGCUGAGUCAGAAUGUGGCCUGGACAACUUUGGGGACUUUGACUGGGUCAUUGAGAACCACGGAGAUGAACAGUGCUUGGAGGAUCAGUUGGAGAACCUUCUGGAAUUUAUUCAUGCCAAACUUCAGUGCUAAGGCUUGAGGGGUGAGCAGAGACUGAUGGACCGGGCGAACCCUGCUUCUACCAGAUGUGCGUCCCCAGUCCUGGCUGAGGUCAGAAAACAGACAAACGGUCUGGCUUUAAACUUCCAGAGGAAUGAGGAGGAUGCUCAUGGGUAAUGGCAAAUAAAGAAACCUCCGGUGUGUGUGCCUUCCCUGGAGAGGACGCUUACAGGGCAAAGGCCGGUGCAUUAGUUUUGCGUGAGACAGAAACAUUCCCAUGCCCAUGGUGGGGCAGGCCUGCAGAACUGUGGUGGUGUUGCUUCCCUGUGUGUAAGCUUUCAGCCCUGGAAUCCUAAUAAACCUCCUUGGAACACAGCUUA